AUGGCCCCAUUCCACCCGACACUCCCCCACGGACCCAACAGCAAAUCCAUCCUACUCUUCGGCUGCCAAUCACUCAACUUCGACGCGCACGCCUUCCUUCUCCUUCGGCAGACCAUCCUCUCCGACCCGAACAACCACUGGGUACUCGACAUCCUCGCCGAACUGCCCGUGUACUGGCGCACGGCGGUGCGCUACGUACCCCAGUUCGACGCCGUACCGGGCGCCCAGCUUCUGCACGAUCUCAACCGCUGGUUCCGGACGGGCGAGGUCUCGGACGAUCACUUCCCGCUGCCGUAUAUCCAGCACGCGCCGCUGUUCGUCAUCCAUCAUCUGACUCAGUAUGAGCGGUACUUGGGUCUGACUCAGCCGGAGUAUGUGGCCGACGGUGUGCUGGCGGAUGAAAGUCCAGUUGUGGACAUCGUGGGGUUUUGCAUUGGGUUUCUGAGCGCGGCGGUGGCGGCCAGUGUGCGAAGUAGAGAGCAGUUGAGGACGUACGGGGCAGUCGGGAUUAGACUGGCCAUUUUGCUGGGUGCGAUGGGCGAUGCCCAGGAGCGAGAGCAGAAGUACACUUCCCUCUCGACGGUAUGGAAGAACUCCGAGCUGGAGCACGAAUUGCCCCGUGCCUACAUCACCGUCCGCUAUGACUCCAACCGCGUCACCAUAAUGACCCCCCGGAAUACCCUGGGCCCACUGCAGCAAUCGCUCCAGUCCGCCGGGUUCAGCGCCUACCAUGUCGACUUCAACGGCCGGUACCACUGGGCCGGACACCAGAAGACGGUGGACGCGUUGGUGGAGAUGUGCGAGGCCGACCCGGCCCUUCAGCUCCCGGACGCCUCGCAAUUGGUGCGCCGCACGUGGACCAACAUCAGCGGCGAGGCUGUGAGCUCGGGGCCUCUUCAUCACUUGGUCCUCCAGUCCGUCCUCUCCCACCAGUGCAUGUGGUAUCAGACCUUCCAAGCCGUGCAAGAAGAGAACCCCUCCGCGGUGGUCUUCGAAUUCGGUCGCGAGCGAUGCGUGCCUCCCUCGUUCCUUCGCAAUCAGCGCACCCGCGUCAUCCACUACGCAGACCUGGAGCUGGACGCGUUCCCUCGCACCCUCUCGACGCAGGUCUACGACGAUGAUAUCGCGGUCGUCGGCAUGGCCUGUCGGGUCGCCGGGGCCGACGACCUCGAGGAAUUCUGGCGAAUACUCUGCUCCGGCGAGUCUCAACAGCGGGAGAUACCCCCCGAGCGAUACAAAGACUAUGAAACGCCGUGGAGACCAGAUGCUGCGCGUCCCUGGCUCGGGAACUUUAUCCGCGACAUCGAUGCCUUCGACCACAAGUUCUUCAAGAAGCUGCCGCGCGAGAUCAUGUCGCAGGACCCGCAGCAGCGACUGCUCCUGCAGGUUGCGUACCAGGCUCUAGAACAGUCGGGGUAUUUCCACAAGAAAAACAUCACCAGAGAUAUUGGGUGCUAUGUGGCCUGCUGUACAGUCGACUAUGAGCACAACGUCAACUGCCACCCGGCCACUGCCUAUUCUGCAACGGGGCUGCUGCGCAGCUUCAUGGCGGGAAAACUGAGCCAUUACUUUGGAUGGCAUGGUCCGGCGCUGUGUAUCGACACGGCGUGUUCCGGGUCUGCGGUGGCUCUGCACCAUGCAUGUCGCUCGAUCCUCAAUGGUGACUGCAAGGCCGCGUUGGUGGGCGGUGCGAAUGCCAUCACCAGUCCGCUGGGCUUCGAUAAUCUCAAUGGAGCCUCGUUUCUCUCCCCCACCGGCCCGUGCAAGCCGUUCGACGCAAAGGCGGAUGGCUACUGCCGCGGCGAGGGCUUCGCGGCGAUCUUCAUCAAGAAGAUGUCCGAUGCCCUGGCCGACGGCGACCACAUCCUCGGGACCAUCGCCGGAACGGCCGUCGAGCAGAACGACAAUUGCACCCCUGUCGUGGUCCCCCAUGCGCCGUCGCUGGCAGCCCUAUUUGAGAAAGUCACCAGGCGAGCGCGCAUCCAUCCCCACGACAUCUCCGUCGUCGAGGCCCACGGCACCGGUACGCAGGCCGGCGAUCCAGCGGAAUACAGCAGCGUGCGGCAGGUCAUGGGCGGACCGCAACGGAAGGCGCCGCUGUCGUUGGGGUCGGUCAAAGGGCUGGUCGGCCACACGGAGGGCGUCUCAGGGAUGAUAGCCCUGGUCAAGGUGCUGCUGAUGAUCCACGAGGGCCAGAUCCCUCCCCAGCCUAACUUCCAGACUUUGAACCCCUACAUCAAAUCAUCUGCGGAUGACCAGAUCGAGAUCCCCACGCAGUUGAAACCAUGGAGUGCCCAUUAUCGCGCCGCAUUGAUCAACAACUACGGCGCCUGCGGAUCCAACGCAUCGAUAGUCAUCACGCAGGCGCCGGUCGAAAGUCCGCCAUCGGCCAUCCACGCUUCUGGUCUGGCUCUUCCAUUCCGGAUAUGCGGGCUUGAUGACGCCCGGCUCCGCGAGUACGCACAGCGACUCCGACUGUUCCUUCGCCGAGAAGACCUGUCUUCACACCAUCUCUCGCUCGCGAACAUCUCCUUCAGUGCCUCCCGCCAGUCGAACCCGACCCUGGACCGUCAGCUGGUCUUCUCCUGCGCAUCAACUGCUGACCUCGACGCUAAGCUCUCAGUCGUCGCCGAAGGCGACACGAGCAAGUUCAUCCGUCUGAAGAAGCCCGCCUCCACAGUGGUAUUAUGCUUCGGGGGACAGGUGUCAACAUUUCUGGGUUUGGACCGCGUCGUAUACGACAGUAUGCGCGUGCUGCGCCACCAUCUUGAUCAAUGCAACCGUCUGCUAGAAUCUCUCGGCUACUGCAGCCUCUAUCCCGGCAUCUUCGAGCACACCCCCAUCACGGACCAGGUCAAGCUGCAGACACAGCUCUUCUCACUGCAAUAUGCCUGCGCGCGCUCCUUCGGCGAGCUGACGGCCAUGUGCGUGUCCGGCAUUCUAUCACUAGAAGAUACCCUGAUUCUCAUCACUCGCCGCGCGACGCUGAUCCGCGACGGCUGGGGUGCCGACCCCGGGGCCAUGAUCGCCGUGGACGGCGAUCGCAUGAAUGUCGAAAGCCUGCUGGACGAACAUGCAAAGGCCAUUCCCGCGGGAACGUCUCCUGCCACGAUCGCCUGCUUCAAUGGUCCUCGGAGUUUUACUCUGGCUGGGGCCACCACUGCCAUUGACGCGGUGCAACAGGCUCUGGCACGCCCAGCCAUGUCGCAUCUCCGAUACAAGCGACUGGAGGUGACCAACGCCUUCCACAGCACCCUCGUCGGGCGGCUUAUGGCCGAGCUGAAGCGUAUCACGCACGACAUGACAUUUCACGAGCCAGCUAUUCACCUUGAACGCGCGACGGAACAGCCAGCAGGGGUUUCACCCAACAUCGUCGCCGAUCACCUCCGCAACCCCGUGUAUUUCAGCCACGCUAUCCAACGGCUGUCAGAACAACACGGGCCCCAUCACUUCCAAUCCAUCAACAUAACCGGCAACAACGGGGUGCAGAGCCUGACAGACGCCACGAUGGCUCUCUGGAAACAGGGACUGCCUGUGAAGUACUGGGCACACCAUCAUUCCCAAACAUCCGACUACGGGGUUGUGCUUCUCCCGCCGUAUCAGUUCGAGAAGAGCCGGCACUGGAUGGACAACAAGCUGCUACCAGCCGCUCAGAUCCAACAGACUGCCACAGCCGACUGCCAGGAAUUCACGUUCUUGGGUUAUGACCAAGAUCGGGUGGCGACAUUCCGCAUCAACACAACCCACCCAAAGUACAUCGAAGCAUUGUCGGGUCACAUCGGUGUCCAGACGGCCCCACUCGCCCCGGCAUCAUUCAUGCUGGACAGCGUCGUCGAGGCGCUGCGAAGCCUGCCAGAGGGGAAGGACAGGGUUCCUCACGUGAGAAAUGUCACCAGCGACGCGCCCCUCGGACUCGAUGGCAGUCGAGACGUGUACAUGUCGCUGCAUCCGCACGACAAAGAAAAAACCGUCUGGGAGGUGAAGUACACCAGCCAGGAUCGCGAAAAAGGCGCCCGCUCUCAGACAGUCCACUGUUCCGCUCGGAUCGAGAUGCUUUCCCCAGAGCAUCCCACUCUUCAGGCGGAAUUUUCUCGCUACAGCCGUCUAAUAAGCCAUCAGCAUUGCCAUGACCUCCUCCAUGACCCAGACGUCGAUGACGUGCUGCAGGGUCGCAAUAUCUAUCGUUAUUUCGCCGAGGUGGUAGAUUACGCGGAACAGUACCGCGGGGUGCGGAAGUUGGUAGGCAAGGGAAAUGAGUCUGCUGGGUUGGUGGUGAAGAGAUAUUCCGGUGAGACCUGGGCCGACACGUUCCUAUCGGACUCGUUCAGCCAAGUUGCUGGCUUCUGGGUGAACUGCAUGACGGACCGAUCGUCGUCGGAUAUCUACAUUGCCAGCGGAAUGGAGCAAUGGAUGCGUGCGCCAACGUAUGCCGACCCCAGCACGCCUCGGCCGGAGACAUGGGAUGUUCUGGCGAAGCACGAGCGGUCGGACGGUCUCUACACCAGUGAUAUCUUCGUCUUUGAUCCAAGCAGCGGACAGCUGGUGGAGAUCUUCAUAGGGAUGCAGUAUUCCCGCGUGCCUAAGGCGGUAUUCUCGAAGAUCCUGAGCAAGCUGAACCCGGGCGCCCAGAAAGUUGCUCCGACAGAAGUGAAUUCGCGACCCGAGCAGAGUCCGAAGCCUGUGGUAAAGAAACAGAAGUCGGCGUCGGACCUUCCAGCGCGUAUCAAAGCUGUCGUGGCGGACUUCUGUGCUGUAGAUCCGAGCGAGAUCCAGGAUGACAAUAACAUUGCGGAUGCGGGAGUCGAUUCGCUCAUGGCGAUGGAGAUGGCGCGCGAGCUGGAAGAAGCUUUCAACUGUUCCCUGCCUGCAACCGAUCUGAUGGAGGCAGAGACCUUUCGUGAACUUGUCCGCGCAGUACAAAGAGCAAUGGGGGUGGAUGAGGCAGAUGGCAGCGACAGCACCGCGUCGGAAAGUGAAAGUGACCGCGACUCAGUUGUCAAUGACACUCCUACCACGGAGUCGAUCACCAGCGUUAGUACCGACACGCCUGAUCUGCAGCUACCGCACGACCUUGUCCUGGAGGCAUUUGGCGAGACAAAAGCGUUGACAGAUCAAUUUUUGUCCGAUAACCACUGCAGUGGACGUGUGCACAGCUUCAACCCGCUACAGAUGCAGCUUUGCGUGACGAUGACCCUCGAGGCGUUUGAAAAGAUGGGUUCACCGAUUCGUACCGCGACACGCGGCCAGCGUUUAGAACGCAUCUCGCAUGAUCCCCAGCAUAAAGAGCUAGUUGACUACCUCUACCGACGCUUGGAAGAAGCCCGACUGGUGGACAUGGAUGGAACCGCUGCAGUCCGCACAGGAAUCAGCUGGACCAGUCGGUCUAGCGCGGCAAUCCUGGAAGAUAUCGGUCGGGCGUAUCCCGAGUUCGCAGGCGCCAGCAAGCUCGCCUUCUUCACGGGCAGCAAGCUAGCGGCAGUGCUGCGCGGCGAGCAGGAUGGUCUGCAGCUCAUAUUCGGGACUAAGGAAGGCCAGGAGCUUGUGUCGUGGAUGUACGGCGACGAAUCUCACAACGUCACCGGCUACAAGCAAAUGCUAGAUUUUAUCCAGCGUCUCGCACGAAAGCUAGGCAGCGAGUCAGGAUCACUCAAGAUCCUCGAGAUGGGCGCCGGAACUGGAGGUGGCACGAAAUGGCUACUGCCCGGGCUCGUCAAACUGGGCAUUGCGGUCGAGUAUACGUUCACCGAUAUCUCGCCCGCCUUUCUGGCACAGGCCCGUCGACGCUGGAAGGAAUAUCCAUUACUGCAGUACCGAGUCCACGAUAUCGAAAAGCCCCCGGCAGACGAUCUGGUCGGGAACCAGCAUAUCAUCAUCGCCAGUAACGCUGUGCACGCGACCUCGAAUUUGCAGGUUUCCACAGGGCAUAUGAGGAAGGCGCUACGUCGUGAUGGGGUACUCCUGAUGUUGGAAAUGACUCGACCGCAGUUUGCCAUCGACAUUGUCUUUGGUCUCUUCCGAGGAUGGUGGGUGUUUAACGACGGACGGACGCAUGCUAUCACCGGGGAGCAGCGAUGGGAGUCCGAUAUGCACGCCGUUGGGUAUGGCCACGUUGACUGGACGGACGGUUAUUCCCCAGAGGUGAGCGUCCAGCGGGUCAUCUUUGCUACUUCGACGGGGGAGCAGAAAGCACGACUUCCACUGGGGCCAAAGCCUCCCAGUGUAGAUCUCCUGGCUGGGGUCGACAAUGUCGCGCGCGGGAGGGCAACUGACGAGUAUAUUCGACGGGCCGCGGAUGGUUUCACUGCUCCAUCACUCGGAACAGAUACUGUAGCAGGGCCUAUAGGAGUACUCAUUACUGGAGCCACGGGGAGCUUGGGCAGCCAUCUGGUCGCUCAUCUUGCUCGUCUACCGACCGUCCACAGUGUCGUCUGCAUCAACCGACAUGGGACAGAAGACCCACUGGUCCGGCAGAAGAGAUCCCUAACGGAGCGUGGGAUAAGCCUGUCAACAGACGAGUUGAAAAAACUGGCCGUCUUCGAGACCGACGGAUCGGAGCCACUGCUGGGCCUUUCGAACGAGCAAUACGAGUCGCUCAAAAAGAGCGUGACGCAUAUCAUCCACAACGCCUGGCCCAUGAACGGAGCGCGGGGGCUGUCCGGCUUCGAGCCUCAGUUUUGCAUGAUCAGAAAUCUUAUAGGUCUAGCCCGCGAUAUUGCUUCUAUCCGGUCCGGCCGCAUAGCUUUCCAGCUGAUUUCCUCCAUCAGCACAGUUGGCCACCGCCCGCUGGUAACUGACGAGGCAGUUGUUCCCGAAGUACGCAGCACAAUCGACUGGGUUCUGGCGAACGGCUACAGCGAAGCCAAGUUCGUCUGCGAACAGGUUCUCGCGCAGACCCUGGGUCAGCAUCCAGACCGGUUCAAUGCGAUGGUGGUGCGACCCGGUCAGAUCGCUGGAUCGUCCACCAGCGGAUACUGGAACGCAGCAGAGCAUUUCCCUGCGCUGGUGAAAUCGUCACAAACCUUGAAACUCCUGCCUGACUUGGGCGGGGUGUUAUCUUGGACUCCUGUUGGAGAUGUCGCGGCCACUCUUUCCGAUCUCGUGCUCACUGAGGACCCUCAUCCAGUAUAUCAUAUCGACAAUGUCGCCCGGCAACCGUGGCCGGAGAUGGUUCGGUUUCUCGCUCAGGAGCUGAGCAUCCCACCGGACAAUAUCAUCCCCUUCCCGGAGUGGAUCCAUCGAGUGAAGGCCUUCCCCGGUAGUCGAGAGGAUAAUCCGGCCAGCGUGAUGGCAGACUGGCUGGCGGACAACUUUGAGCGGAUGUCGUGUGGGGGAUUGUUGCUGGACACUUCUCGCGCGUGUGAGCAUUCCGCGGCGCUGCGAUCUGUCCGCCCGGUGGAGGGCGCGGUAAUACGUCGCUUUUUCCGGCACUGGAGGCAGACUGAAUUUUUGCAUUGA